AUGGUCAAUCACGGACCCUCUGGAGGAUGCGUUACAUGCAAAUCACGACGAGUCAAAUGUGACGAGGCGAAGCCAGAAUGUCACACGUGUCAACGUCUCAACCUUCGCUGCGGGGGCUACAAAGCGAAGCCUGUCAAGAUAAGGUUCAAAGAUCAAACCUCCAAAGUGUGCAAUGACCUUGCUUCGAGGCAGGCGGCCCAGAAUCAGCAACUGGUUCCUUGCUUGCGAUCGCUAACCGACCCCGACCCUUCUGUACCAUUCUUCAUUCGGCAUUACGCCAUGAUGGGUCGCGACAUGAAAUCUUCCCGUGGAUUUUUCGAGAUGUUAGUCCCAGUAUAUGCUUCUGAGAAGCAGAACUCGGCGCUCUCACUCGCCGUGACUGCCGUGGCUUCAGAGAUAAUGUCGCGUUGGCGACACGAGUGUAGCUCCCGAGCAUCACGGGAGACGUAUGCCCAGGCCAUCCAGUGUCUUCGAAAGACAAUCGAGGAUCGCAAUGAGUGGACCAAUCCAGCAACUAUUCUGGCAGUGUUGGCACUGCAGUUCUAUGAAAAUUUCGCUGUCAUAUACGGGAGUAAAUCAGCCACAAGCGUACACCACAACGCAGCCCUCUCCCUGCUCCCAUUCACCGAUCAGAAUUGCCCCGACGGGUCACUCAUCGCACACAUUCGGCGAUAUAUCCUGCAUAUUGAAAUCUCCUCGGCGGUACGGCAGAAACGGCUGCUGCAGAGCACGGCCCAUUCGCGUAUUGGAUGCAUAGAGCCGAAGAUUGCUCCAGGUAAUUUUGGGCCCGCCCUGGAUGCAAUUGGCGCGUUUGUUGCCGAAUUACAUGCAAGUUAUUGGCAGCGUACAGCACACAAAGGCCCUAUGUCUUCAACAGACCUUCCCAGAAAUUGGAUAGCCGAGGCAAAACGCAUUGACGAACAACUUCUGGCUUGGGCCCAAAAGGUCCCGCAACAUUUGCAGCCCGUGAGACUCACGGAUGGAAGUGCCCUUGACCCAUCGAUACCAACCUACAAUUCCACUUGCGACGUUUAUAUUUCAUGCCAGAUUGGAACACUAUGGAACGAAUGGCGCGCUCAACGCCUCAUGCUCGUCAAGAUCAUUCUCAGCUCGCUUAGUACGAACCCACCAGGGCGAUUUACGCAUCCAGAUGCUGGGACCUCAACUGGAGUUGAAGACUUCGCCAGAUAUAAGUACACUCUCCAAGAACUGAUCGACUCGGUCUGCUACAGCGUACCGUUUUAUCUUGGAAACCAGGGCGGAUGGCUGAGUAUUCCCGACUUGACCGACCCAGCAAUUCGGCUUCCUAGCUAUCGCUUACUAGGAAACGCCAACCACCAAAAGUCCGCGCAAAAGUCGGAAGACGAGCACAGAAGCCAUAUUAUUGCCCAAGGGCCGUGGCAUAUUAUGAGUAUGCUGAGUCGUGUGGUGGCAUUCUUCAUAGAGGACUACGGUCAGGGAAUGGUGUCUUUUCUCCGACCUGGACAGCUUCAGUGGAUCCGCCAGCAGUUCUUGCGGGUCACGCAGCUACUCCGUAUUCCGUUGGAGGAGGCUGGUGAUGGGAGAUUUCAUCCUUUGGAUAGGUCUGUACAUGCAGAUUUAGAUGGGAAGAUAGAUAAUUUGGCGAGGCGGGUCAGAAAGGGCGCGUUUAUAUGA